AUGACAACAGAUAUGAUAGAGAGCAAUAACACCAAAUCCAGUGCUCCCCUCCUGACCCAGAGAUACCUGAGGAUGGUGACCAAGGAUGGACACAGCACAUUCCAGAUGGAUGGUGCUCAAGGAAAAGGUCUGGCAUACCUCCGAGAUGCAUGGGGAAUAUUAAUGGACAUGCGCUGGAGAUGGAUGAUGCUUGUCUUUUCUGCUUCUUUUGUCAUUCACUGGCUAGUCUUUGCAGUGCUUUGGUAUUUGCUGGCUGAGAUGAAUGGGGACCUGGAGCUGGACCAUGAUGCUCCACCUGACAACCACACUAUAUGUGUCAAGUACAUCACCAGUUUUACAGCUGCUUUCUCCUUCUCACUGGAGACGCAACUCACAAUUGGUUACGGCACUAUGUUCCCAAGCGGGGACUGUCCCAGUGCUAUUGCACUGCUUGCAAUACAGAUGGUCCUGGGGCUCAUGCUGGAAGCCUUCAUCACAGGUGCUUUUGUGGCAAAGAUUGCCCGACCAAAGAAUCGGGCGUUCUCCAUCCGCUUCACCCGCUCUGCUGUAGUGACACACACCGAGGGGAAGCCAUACCUUAUGUUCCAGGUGGCCAACACACGCUCCAGCCCACUGACUAGCAUCCAGAUUUCUGCUAUACUUUACCAAGAACAAGAGAAUGGGCAGCUGCACCAAACUAGUGUUGACUUCCACCUAGACAGUGUUACUUUGGAUGAAUGUCCUUUUUUCAUCUUUCCACUGACCUACUACCAUUCAAUCACUCCAUCCAGCCCCCUGGCUGCUCUCCUCCAAAGAGAAGCUGCUCACCAUUUUGAGCUGGUCAUUUUUCUGUCAGCUGUGCAGGAAGGCACAGGAGAAACAUGUCAAAGGAGAACAUCCUACCUCCCCUCAGAGAUCAUGCUGUACCAUCGCUUCGCCUCCAUGCUAGCCCGCAAUGCCAAAGGUGAAUAUCAGAUCAAGAUGGAGAAUUUUGACAAGACUAUUCCUGAGCUCCCAACUGUGGCUGACUCAAAGGGUCCAAAAAGGACUGACAAGGAGAUCCGCAUCAAUGGACAGCAUGCCGACAGCUUCCAGCUCUCCGAGACUGGCCUCACAGAAUAG